AUGACUCCAGAAGUUCUGCCAUCCGCCUGCCCUGGAGUUCUGGCCACCAUCGUGCUCGCUCAACCUGAUACCAAGCAUGUUAUAUAUUUCAACCCAGACAGUACCGCGCUCCAACACAAACUCCCAAUAAGUGCAAAGAGCUCGAACUACGAUCCCAAUAGCAGAAGAGUCCAAACAUUCAUGUACCAUCAACUUCAAUCUACAAUUUCUGGCAUCGUUACUCGCAAGAAAGCACUUUUUUCAUUGAAAUUUCCCAUUAUAGCGACGGAAACUAAGCUUAGGUUUUCAUCAUUGGUUUUCGGGUUGAAGAAGAGGCGGAAAAAGACUUUGAGGGACCGUACAUCGGACCCGGAUAUCGCAAAUAUCCCGCACCCCAUCCAAACGCAUCAACGGCGCAAUGAUAGACCUACUAAAGUAGACCCGGGAAAUCAGCACCAAGCUCCGAAACAAGAUAAGACUUCAAAAGUAUCUGAGAGUUCAAGACCACCAAUCAAAGUUAUUAAUCUAACGCCCUGCGAGACCUCCCUUUUGUAA